AUGGCCAAUUCAAAGUAUGAAUACGUGCGCAAUUUUGAGCGGGACGAGAUCCUGCUGCCAAACACAUGGAUCGUCGUCAGGAUUGAUGGACGAGGCUUUCACAAACUCUCCAGCUAUUAUGGCUUCAGAAAGCCCAAUGACCCGAGGGCGUUGCGCUUGAUGAACCGCGCCGCCACGCACGUCGUCUUAGCAAUCCCCGAGAUCACUAUCGCGUACGGUGUGUCGGACGAGUACAGUUUCGUACUCCAGCGAGAUACGACGCUCUUCGACCGGCGGAAAGACAAGAUCGUCACGACCGUCGUGAGCAGCUUUACGGCGGCUUACGUGUUUGAGUGGAACGAGUGCUUUCCGCAAGAGGCAGCCACCGGAAGCCAGGCGGAAGGUACGACCUUAAAUACAGAGAUGCUGCCGACGUUCGAUGGCCGAGCCGUAUGCUACCCCAGUUGGGAGAAUUUGAGAGAUUAUUUGAGCUGGAGGCAGGUGGACUGCCACAUCAACAACCUCUACAACACGACAUUCUGGGCUCUCGUCCAGCAGGGGGGCAUGACGCAAACUGCCGCCGAAGAGCAUUUGAAAGGCACAGUCUCCAGUGACAAGAACGAGAUUCUGUGGUCAAGGUUCGGCGUCAACUACAACAACGAGCCGGAGAUGUAUAGGAAAGGAUCGGUCGUCUUUCGCGAGUACGCUCUAGAGGACGAAGCGAGCACAGGGAAAGAUGGGAAGGAAGGCAUGGCCGCAGAUGACCCGGGCGUGGGUACAGCGACGUCAGACCCGAUCUCGAAGAGGCAGGCCGACAAGAUACGGAAAGCCAGACGGAAAGCCAAAGUUGUCACGGAGCACAUCGAUAUUAUCAGGGACGAAUUUUGGGUUCAGAGGCCAUGGUUGCGUAGCGGCAAGCCCGGUCGGCCUGUGGACGACCAACCUGUGUCCUGA